AUGCAGCAGAACAACACUCCCAGACCGGCCAACGGCGAUGCCAAGCGUCGGAGAAAGGCCAAGGAUGAGGGCAGCGGCAAGCCUAAUGGAUUCGACGAUGUUAUGCAGAUUGACAUCGACCGGUUGAUCCGCCAGAAUCAGCAAGAAGCCAACGGCGAGACCCAGCCCGAGCAAGUUGUGCUCCCAGAACGGUUUAGCGAGAUCGAAGUGGAUAUCUCCGAGUUGUCAUCAACGGGUGAUGGUUUGGGCUUGUCGCAAGACGGGAGACAUGUCUAUGUGGUUCCGUUCACUGUGCCGGGAGAUAAGGCUUUGGUGAAGGUUGUGCGGCAUCAUCCACCUUUGAACUAUAGCAUGACGGACUUCGUCAAGGUGCUGAGCCCUGGACCGCAGCGAAACGAUGCAGGGAUUGGAUGUAAAUACUUUGGUCAGUGUUCAGGGUGUCAGUUGCAGAUGCUGUCUUACGAUGACCAAUUGGCCCAUAAGAAGCGCAUCGUGGAGAAGGCCUACGCCAAUUUCUCGGGGUUGAUCCCGGAAAUGAUUCCAGCUGUUGACGAGACGUUCGGUUCUCCUUUGCAGUAUGGGUACCGUACAAAGUUGACGCCGCAUUUCCUGGCUCCCGGUGGCGGAAGAAGGAGGAGGGCUCCCCGUGACCAAGCAGAGCCAGUGGAGGUUCCACCCAUUGGAUAUACGUUCAAGAACAGAAAAAUGGACAUGGAUAUCGAGGAUUGCCCGCUGGGUACCGAUAUUGUUCGACGUGGCCUUAAGACGGAACGCAAGCGCGUGGCGGACAAUAUCCAGAAAUACACCAAGGGUGCUACACUCUUGAUGCGCGAAUCCACUACUCGAAUCCCCAAAGACCGCGCUGAUAACGCACCGGUGGAGGAGUACGUUGAAGCCCAGCUCGACGCAAAGGGCCGCACUGCAGAGUCUGGGGACGUCAUCCGCGUCGGAAAAGAGAACUACAUUCAAGAGAAGCGCUGCAUUACAGACCACAACGCCACCUCGAUCGAGUACAUCGACGACUACAUCUUCACCAACAAGGCCGGUGCCUUCUUCCAGAACAACAACUCUAUCCUUUCCGGCUUUACCGAAUACAUCCGCCAACACGCCCUCCCUCCCAGCAACGACCAAGACCCCAAGCCCAUCAAAUACCUCCUGGACGCUUACUCCGGCUCUGGUCUCUUCACCAUCACCCUCUCCCCAUUAUUCAAGUCGAGUCUCGGUGUUGACGUCGAUCCCCACUCCAUUGCCUCUGCCCGCGACAACGCCCGUGACAACAACCUUCCCAACACCGGCUUCGCCGCCAACGACGCAGCCACCCUCUUCAAGGACGUGCCCUACCCACCCGACCAAACUCUCCUCGUCAUAGAUCCUCCGCGGAAAGGAUGUAGCGAGGAUUUCCUCAAGCAACUUCUACAAUUUGGACCCCGUCGUGUCGUUUACGUUAGUUGCAAUGUGCACACGCAGGCACGUGACGUUGCUGUCAUGGUUAAUGGAGAUGCGAACUUGAAUAUCCGGUAUGAUAUUGAGAGUAUUCGGGGAUUCGAUUUCUUCCCACAGACGGGACAUGUUGAAGGUGUUGCUAUUUUGAAUAGGGCUCAGAUUAACAAGGAUGUUUGA